AUGGGUCUUAUGUUUUCUGGUGAUGAAGGUUACUUUGCCCACGCUGCACAUCAUAAAGCAAGUCAUAAACAUAGUCAAGGUGGCGAUAAGGUUGUCGAUCAGGACUUCUUUAAUGAUUUCCCGGAUGACUUUGAUGACGAGGAUCUUAAAUAA